AUGGAUUUCGUCUUCUAUCCCCCUUCGGAUGACGACUUCUUCGGCCAGGAUCAUGAAGAAGCCCAGAGACAGCUCCAUUCCAGCAACCGCUUCCUCAAGCACAGGCUCAAUGCACCGGGAUGCCUGCGCCCUCUGCAGCCCAAGUCCAGCAACAGCAACAGAUUUAUCCAGCACAGGCUUAUGGCACCGGGAUGCCAGCGCCCUCUGCAGCCCAAGUCCAGCAACAGCAACAGAUUAAUCCAGCACAGGCUCAUGGCACCAGGAUGCCAGCGCCCCCUGCAGCCCAAGUCCAGCUCUAGCAACAGUUUCAUCCAACACAGGCUCAUGGCACCAGGAUGCCAGCGCCCUCUGCAAACCCAUUCCAGCAUCAGCUUCCUCCAGCCCAGGCUUCCAGCACCGGGAUGCCAGCGCCUCCCGCAGCACUAUUCCAACAACAGGUUCUUCCAGCCCAGGCGUCUGGCACGGGGAUGCCACCUCCUCCUCAUAAUUUCGCCUCCCUCAUCACCACCAGCUUCAGGUCUGGCCACACUCACUACAGUCUUCUCUGACUUAGGAGUGCCUCUGUCUGCAGAGAAGACAGAGGGUCCCUCCACAUCCAUGGAAUUUCUCGGCAUCACCCUAGACACAAACCUGAUACAAGCUUCUCUGCCAGUCGAGAAGCUCAAUCGAAUCAGUCUCUUAAUUUCAAACUUCCUUCUCGCCCCUCACUGCACCAAACGUCAACUUCUCUCCCUCCUAGGCCACCUCAACUUUGCUAUUCGUAUCAUCCCCCAGGGGAAAGCAUUUAUCUCCCACCUGCUAUCCAUCGCCACUUCCGUUCCAUCCCUGCUGGAUUUCAUCUCCCUCGAUAGUUCCUGUCGGGCCGAACUCCGUCUGUGGCUCAAUCUCCUCUCAAAUUGGAACGGGAUUACCUUCUUUUACGACGACCACAUGACACACUCUCAUGAUAUCAAUCUCUUUACCGACGCCGCUCCUUCUGCCGGUUUUGGGGGUUUCUAUGAUCCAUCCUCUGCCAUCCUCUGGGGUCAUGAAUGGUCUCGCAAAUCCAUCCUCCUUUACUCUGAUAACCAGGCAGUCGUGGACAUCAUCAACAAAGGUCGAUCCAAUUCCCCAUCCAUCAUGCCGUUCAUGCGCCGUCUAACCUGGCACUCUGUCACUUACCAGUACAUCCUACGAGCUGCUCACGUUCCCGGCCACUUCAAUGCCAUUGCUGACUCUCUCUCCCGUUUCUCUUUUCAGAAGUUCAGAAGCUUGGUCCCGCAUGCAGACAACUACCCAACACCGGUCCCUCCAUAUUCGGCUCUGAUAUUCAACCUGUAA